GUCAUCAGAUCACGUCGAUUCCUCCUUUCUUCCCGGCCCUGGUGAGGUACGGGAACCCGGAAGGGCUGGGACCAUAGCUCCGCCUUUGGCGCGACUACCCGACGGGAGGGCUGGGGUAGUAGCUUGUAGAUGGACUGGGUAGUCGGCCAGUGAGCAGCAUGGAGGCGCCCUGGGGGAUCGUGGACGCUGAGCCCGGCUGGUUUGUCUCUGCCAGGCAGCCUGAAGAGGCGGAGGCGGAAGAGUUGAGCCCGUUGCUUAGCAACGAACUUCACAGACAGGGAUCCCCAGGUGUUUCAUUUGGUUUCUCAGUGUUUAAUUUGAUGAAUGCCAUCAUAGGAAGUGGUAUCCUUGGCUUAGCUUAUGUUAUGGCUCAUACUGGUAUCCUUGGAUUUAGUUUCUUGCUGCUGAUAGUCGCUCUCCUGGCUUCUUACUCAGUUCAUCUCCUGCUUAGUUUGUGUAUUCAGACAGCUGUGACAUCUUAUGAAGAUCUUGGACUCUUUGCAUUUGGAUUACCUGGAAAGAUGGUGGUAGCAGGCACCAUAAUAAUUCAGAAUAUUGGAGCUAUGUCAUCUUAUCUUUUAAUUAUUAAAACAGAGCUUCCUGCUGCUAUUUCAGAAUUUUUGUCUGGAGACCAUAGUGGGUCUUGGUAUCUUGAUGGAGAAACACUGCUAAUAAUCAUCUGUGUUGCCAUUGUGUUCCCUCUUGCACUUCUUCCUAAAAUAGGCUUUCUUGGCUACACAAGUAGUUUAUCAUUUUUCUUUAUGGUGUUCUUUGCUCUUGUGAUAAUAAUCAAAAAAUGGUCCAUCCCUUGUCCUCUGACAUUAAAUUCUGUAGAGCAAUACUUCCAGAUUUCAAAUGCUACAGAUGCUUGUAAACCAAAGCUCUUUCAUUUCUCCAAAGAGAGUGCUUAUGCCAUACCAACCAUGGCUUUUUCAUUUCUCUGCCACACCUCAAUAUUGCCCAUAUACUGUGAACUUCAAAGACCUUCUAAGAAAAGGAUGCAGAAUGUAACCAAUACAGCAAUUGCUUUAAGUUUUCUCAUUUAUUUUAUAUCUGCACUCUUUGGGUACCUCACUUUUUAUGACAGUGUGGCGUCAGAAUUACUACAAGGUUAUAGUAAAUACUUGCCACAUGAUGUUGUCGUCAUGACUGUGAAGUUAUGCAUACUAUUUGCUGUGCUUUUGACAGUCCCUCUAAUCCACUUCCCUGCAAGGAAAGCUUUAAUGAUGAUGUUUUUCUCCAAUUUUCCAUUCUCAUGGAUUCGCCAUUCUUUGAUCACUAUAGCUCUCAAUAUUAUCAUUGUUUUACUUGCGAUAUAUGUUCCUGACAUUAGGAAUGUACUUGGUGUAGUUGGUUCCAGUACAUCAACAUGUUUGAUUUUUGUGUUCCCGGGACUGUUUUAUCUUAAACUGAGCAGAGAGGAUUUUCUCUCAUGGAAAAAGUUGGGGGCGUUUGUUUUGCUCAUCUUUGGUAUUUUGGUUGGUAAUUUUAGUUUAGCACUCAUUAUUUUUAAUUGGAUUAAUAAGUGAAAGAAAUCUUUUCCCACGUCUUUUGCUGAAUGAUUUACCUCCAAAUGCAAAAAGGAAUUAUUCUGGAAGGCACCUUGGAUGAUCCUCUUUAUA